AUGCAGAAUAAGCUCGUUGCUGUAAUUGGUGGACUGGAUUCUCUUACUUCUCUUGAUAUGGCAAUUAUUCUGGAUACCUAUAAGAUUCCUCAGCUCCAUCCCUUUUUGAGACAUGUUACAUUUAACAACAGUCUUGGGGACAAGAUAAUCUUUGACCAAGAUGGAAAGUUAAUAGAUGGGUUUGAUAUAAUCAAUUCUGUUCUUUCUGAAAACCAGUCAAAAGUGAAAAUUGGAAGGAUAGACCCUCAGUCUCCUGCAAAUCAAACAUUCAUCAUAGACAAAGAUGCCAUAACGUGUAACAGCUGGUUUAACCAAACUGCUCCUGUUUCCCAGUGCACACCUAGCUGUAAUCCAGGUUCUAGGAAGCAAGUAAUGCAAGAGAGGCCAUUUUGCUGUUACUCCUGCAUCUUAUGUCCAGAAGGCAAGAUUGCAGAAAAGGAGGAUAUGAAUGAGUGCUAUAAUUGUACAGAAGAAAAGUAUUCCAACAAAAAUCAGGAUUCAUGUAUUCUGAAGGACAUAAGUUUCUUGUCUUAUGAAGAACCUUUGGGAAUAAGUUUAGCUUGUUUUUCUCUUUUCUGUUCCAUAACCACAGUUCUUACACUGAAGAUAUUUCUGAUGCAUCACAACACUCCCAUUGUCAAGGCCAGUAAUCGGGAUGUUACCUACAUGCUCCUGGUAACUCUCUUGCUCUGCUUCCUUUGUGUAUUACUAUUCAUUGGUCAGCCAACCAAGGUGACAUGUAUACUCCGACAAACUGUUUUCAGCAUCAUCUUCUCUGUGGCUAUUUCCUGUGUGCUGGCCAAAACUGUGACUGUGGUCCUGGCUUUCAAGGCAACAAAGCCAGGAAGUGGAUUGACGAAGUGGGUGGGGAAAAGAUUGGGCUAUGCUUUUGUUUUAUCUGAUUUCUCAAUUCAGGUAGGGAUUUGCACUCUAUGGUUAGCCAUCUCUCCUCCUGUCCCAGAUGCUGACCUGCACUCAGAGGCUGAAAAAAUUGUCCUACAGUGUAAGGAAGGUUCUAUAAUUAUGUUUUAUUUUGCAAGGUUUUAUAUGGGUUUCUUGGCCAUAAUCAGCUUCAUAGUGGCUUUCUUUGCCAGGAAAUUAUCAGAUACUUUUAAUGAAGCCAAAUUCAUCACUUUCAGCAUGUUAGUCUUCUGCAGUGUUUGGAUAUCCUUCAUUCCAACCUACCUGAGCACCAAGGGGAAAUACACGGUUGCUGUAGAGAUUUUCUCAAUGUUAACUUCGAGUGCUGGGCUGCUGAUCUGCAUCUUUUCCCCCAAAUGCUACAUUAUUGUUCUGAGACCAGAUCUAAACAACAGACAGCUAAAAAGACAGAAGUAA